AUGUCUUCAUCAACCACAAGACUCUCAAUAGAUAAGAAACAGCCUUAUCAAAUCAGCUCUGUACAGUCGGAGACGAAUUCGUUUGAAAGAGGUGAUGUCGAGAACACAACGCUCGGUGAGGUUGACAAGGAAGGUUACCACCAUGAGCUCAGAAAGAACUUCAACAUCUGGUCUUUGCUGGGUGUUGGUUUCGGUCUGACAAACUCGUGGUUUGGUAUCUCUGCAUCCUUGGUGACAGGUAUCUCUUCUGGUGGCCCGAUGCUUAUUGUAUAUGGUAUCAUGAUCGUGGCAGCCAUCUCCAUAUGUAUCGGAACAUCUCUAUCUGAGUUAGUGAGCGCGUUCCCCGAGAACUCUGGUGGUCAAUACUACUGGACUUUUAAGCUGGCGCCUAAGAAGUACAGAAGAUUCUGGGCUUACAUGUGUGGUUCGAUGGCAUGGUUUGGAUCCAUUUUCACCACGGCCUCUGUUACGAUCUCCAUUGCAUCAGCAAUCUGUGGUAUGUACAACUUGUCCACUGGUAGAGACUCAUUGCCAAAGACAUGGGAGGUGUUUGUUGCUUUCGAACUCACCAACUUGUUCCUUGUGUUUUUCAACAUCUGGAAUGAACCACUUCCAUAUAUCUCCUCUGCUGCUCUGUACACCUCUCUUUUCUCGUUUGUUACUAUCACGAUAACUGUGCUGGCGUGCUCUAGUGGUCAUUUCCAACCACCAAGUUUCCCAGCCAGUUUCGUGUUCAAGGACUUUGAGAACAACACUGGCUGGUCGUCAGCUGGUAUUGCUUUCAUUGUUGGUUUAAUCAACCCAGCCUGGUCGUUCUCUUGUCUCGACUGUGCCACCCACAUGGCUGAAGAGAUUGUUGAGCCAGAACGUUGGAUUCCUGUUUCCAUCUUGUCAACAGUUGCUAUUGGAUUUGCCACAUCGUUCUGUUAUGCAAUUUCCAUGUUCUUCUGCAUUAAAAACUUGGAUGCUAUUCUAAGUUCCACCACAGGAGUUCCAAUCUUGGAUAUCUUCUAUCAAGCGUUAGGUAACAAACAUGGUGCCCUGUGCCUUGAAGCACUUAUUGUCUUGACCGCUUUUGGCUGUAACAUUUCUGGUAUGACAUGGCAAGCUCGUCUCUGCUGGUCAUUUGCAAGAGACGAUGGUAUUCCAGGUUCACGUUACUGGUCAGAGGUUAACAAGAAGACCAGGUUACCAGUGAAUGCUCAUGUGUUUUCAUGUUUCUGGUGUUGUGUUGUCGGUUGUAUCUACAUGGGUUCUACAACGGCUUAUAACGCCAUGGUUACUGGUUGUAUUACAUUCUUGCUUUUGUCAUACGCCAUUCCUAUUGUUUGCCUUUUGAUUAAAGGGAGAAACAACAUCAAGCACGGUCCUUUCUGGCUGGGUCAUUUCGGUCUGUUUUCAAACAUUAUGACUCUUGCUUGGACCAUUUUUGCCUGUGUCUUCUUCUGUUUUCCAUUUACAAUGCCUGUCGAUAAGGACAACAUGAAUUACGCAUCUGUUGUGCUUGUUGGUAUGUGUCUUUACUCUGUGGUCUAUUGGUACAUUAGAGGUCGUCGCCGUUUCGCACUCAACCGUCCUGAGGUUGAAGAUGAUGCUGAUGACAACCUUGAUGGCAUCCUAGAGUUAGACGACCAUCCAAAAAAGGCAUGA